GGAAGUGGAGUCAGCUGACUGAGAAGCUGUUUAAUCCUCGGUUUAGCUCCAUGGCUAACGUCGUCGCUUUUUAGGUUGUAUUCCUCGUUGCUGGACGGACUCUGGAAACAGAUUUUUGGCUGAUAGUUUCAGAAGACGGCUCCUGUGACUGAACCGAAAAGAUGAAGCUCCUGUUCUGUGUCGAGGCUCUCUGUUUGGUGUGUUUUGUGCUGCUCAGUCGCGUUUCAGCGAAGAAUUCAGAAGACAUCCGCUGUAAAUGCAUCUGUCCGCCAUACAGAGAAGUGGAAGGACAUAUCUACAAACAAAAUGUUUCGCUCAAAGACUGUAACUGUCUUCAUGUGGUGGAACCGAUGCCAGUGGCAGGCAAAGAUGUCGAGGCCUACUGUUUACGCUGUGAGUGUAAAUUUGAAGAAAGAAGCUCGGAGAUUAUUAAGGUUACCAUCAUAAUGUACCUCUCCAUUUUGGGCCUGCUGCUGCUCUACAUGGUCUACCUGACUCUUCUGGAGCCCAUGCUGAAGAGGCGGCUGUUUGGUCACUCCCAGCUUAUCCAAAGUGAAGAUGAUGUUGUCGGGGACCAGCAGCCUUUUGCCAAUGCUCACAAUGUCCUGUCCCGUUCACACUCCCGACCCAACAUGCUAAACAAAGUGGAGCACGCCCAGCAGCGCUGGAGGAGGCAAGUCCAGGAACAGAGGAAGUCUGUGUUCGACCGCCAUGUUGUUCUUAGUUGAACAGCUAUCCGAGCUGUUGGUGGAGGGGAAACAAGAAAACGAUAUUUAAGAAAAUAAUUAAACACUGUGAAAGAGACCCCAGUUUAAUUUGGUUGUACUCUUAUUUCUGGUUUUGGUUUUGAGGUGAUCAUGGUACAGAAAUGUGGAUCUGUGAAGCAGAAGUUACUGGAAACUGUUGUUUAGUCCACAGAAAUGAUUAUAAUAGCUUUAAUUUUGCACAUACUCACGUGAACGAGAACAAAUAAAUUGCUCAGCAACGUAAAAAUUUCAAGUUGGAUUUUCAUCCAUCUAAAACACUCCAAUUGUUCUGGUUUACAAGCUUAAUGUCAAUAACUGGAUCAAUCAGUGGUAAGUAUUUUGCACUGUAAAACAUGAACAUGGCAUAAAAACAGCUCAUCUCAUUGCAGAGGAAGCUACUGAGUGUGAAAUAUUUGAGUUUUCAGUCUUCUUUGGAAAAGCAUGUUUUGUAGUAGCUACUUUAUAGAAAUUUUUGUCUAUCCAUUUGUCCUACCACUUGUUAAAUGUCUUACAAAUGGUCAGAGGUUUCUUACAUACAUAACAUUUGAUAUUUGGACAUAGUUUAAUUGAACUCUACAGGAAUCAUUAGUGAUGUUAUUGUUAACGUAGCUGUGUUACUGAUUCUCACCCUCAUGAUCUCAGUGCCCUCUUUGAAUGUGUAACAAAUUUCCUGGAUAAUCUUUGAUAUAUUUUGUGAUUGGUUUAGCAUCCGUUCCUUAAUGAAGUCCUUGUUGUCUAAUGGACAGUGUGGAUGUGGCAGAGUGCACUUACUCUCAGCUCAAUGAGGUUUAUUUUGUAUGACAUGUACAUUCCCAAAAGUGGAUAAAAGACCACUGAAGGGAGACCCAUGAAAGUGUUCUUAACUAUUCUUCAUUGGUAACCUUUGACUUUAAAAUACAUUUGUCAAAAAUCUGA